CUUUCCCAUCGCGCGUCCCUGCCUUGCCGGGUCAUUGAGUCAUCUGAGUCUGUGAACAAUUCCCCCUGCUUCACUGGUGCCUCCUUUCUGGUCUUCACCCACCCUAUUCCUUGGCCACAUCCUGUUCAGAACUUGCUCAUGGCUGAUUCUGCCCAUUUGGAGGCUUCAAGAAGAGUGGAUGGCUUCACAUGGAGGUACCCGCAGUGGUUGUCUUAGUUCAAUAAGAUACUGUCUGUGACAGGAAUAAACUGGGAGCUAUGGGCUGUAGGCUCAUCCAUGGUCUCUCUGGAGCCGCAGUCUUCCUAGUCAGCGUGGCUCUCCUCUCUGUGCGGCACCGUGGGGCUCGGGAAGCAGCUCGGUACCCAGGGCUCAGGGAGGGCAUGUCGCUGAAGACAGAGCAAUGGAGCAAAGCGAGCCCAGAGGGAGGAGGUGGCAGGAGGCAGAAGGACCUGCGAGUCCAUCGGCCAGAGGAAUACAGGACUGAGGGAAGCCUGACUCUUGAGGACAUUUUCAUAGCUGUGAAGACAACCAAGAGAUUUCACCAAAGCAGGAUGGAGCUGCUCCUCGACACAUGGAUAUCCCGAGCCAGAGAGCAGACCUACGUCUUCACCGACGAAGAAGAUGAUGCCCUGAAAAGGAGAAUGGGUGACCACGCGAUCUUCACCAACUGCUCUGCUGAGCACAGCCACCCGGCUCUCUCCUGCAAGAUGGCUGCUGAGUUUGGUGCCUUCCUGGCCAGCACUCAGAGCUGGUUUUGUCAUUUGGAUGAUGACAACUACCUAAACCCUCAGGCCCUCCUGAAGCUCUUGUCCUCCUACUCUUCUAAUCGGGACAUUUACUUGGGGAAACCCAGCCUGAACCGACCCAUCCGGGCCUCCGAAAUGCUGCCAAACAACCAGACGAAGCCUGUACGCUUCUGGUUUGCCACGGGAGGAGCUGGGUUCUGCAUCAGCCGUAAGCUGGCGAGCAAGAUGGUGCCAUGGGCCAGUGGCAGGAACUUCCUGAGCACUUCUGAGCUGAUCCGCCUGCCGGAUGACUGCACUGUGGGUUACAUCAUUGAAUGCAAAGUUGGUGGGCAUCUGAUGCCCAAUGUACUCUUCCAUUCACACCUGGAGAACCUGCAGCUCAUCCCCCCUUCUCAGCUCACGCGGCAGGUCACCCUCAGCUAUGGUGUCUUUGAGAACAAGCUCAAUGUUAUUGAACUCAGUGGCCCUUUCUCACCCCAAAAGGACCCCUCAAGCAGGUUUCGAUCACUCCACUGCCAUCUCUAUCCUGAUACCUCUUGGUGCCUGCAGGCUGCUGGCUGGUGAUGCAUGAGCCUCAGCUACAGUGGGUCCUGGUGGCAUCCAUGGGUCCUGGUGACACAUCCAUUCACCCCAUGCAUGCAGGGGCUGGGACACUGAAUAUGCUCGGUGCUCCCAAUUUCCUCUUUUCUAUGGUGGUUUUGGGGCUGUGUGAUGGUUUUUUUUUGAUCCUUCCUGUGUACCAGUGACACAGGACAAGAGACAAGAUCUGUCUCAGUGAUGGAUAACAUGGGCUGGACACAUAGAUGAGCUUCCCAUCUGUGCAGGGAUACAUGAAAGGGAUGGGAGCAAUAUGCCUUCCUGAGCAGAUCAGGGACCGGGUAGUGACUGCUGGGCAUUUGGGUAGAGGUGGGGACCUGCUGCUGCUCGUUGCUGUGGAUUCAUCUUGCUGCACUGCAAAGGCCCUGGGUAUAGGUAACCAGUGCCCAGCUGAGGACGGCUGGUAGUGUGUCAUGGCUCCAGCUUCUGUGAACAAGCCUUAUUCCUCCGUAUCUGCUUGUGCUUUCCCCACCUCCCACACUUCUCUGCCACAGACUUUUUCUUGAGUCUCUGCUUAGUCAAGGUCUAUAGAAAUGGAAAAUGUGACCAUUUCUGUGCUGAAUGAGUGCUGGAAAAGUGUAGUCCUUGCUCAGCAGAGGAAGAUGGGCAGGAAGUACAACGAAUCAGGAAUUCCCCGCUCUGCUGGCACAGAGGGGUGGGGCGCCAGGAGGAGACUGACCGCAAUGAGGAUGCUUCUUGCACUGAACAUUGGAGCCUUGAUCUUGUAUGGCCCUGCAUUAUCCUUCUCUUUUUACCUUCUUGAUUUGGGGUCAGGAUAAUCUCUUGCUCUAAUUACCAACCUGUCGUCUGAGAUUAGGCUCCAACUCCUAUCUGUGAGAGAGGAGACAUAAAGGAUUAGAACUGGCUGAAAGAGAGGAGAAAGGAAGAGAUGGAGAAGGAGCGCUCAGGAGCUGAUUAGAGGUUACAGCUUUAUAAUCUUCUCUGUGCCCUAACAAAAAAAAAAAGAAGUCAUGAAGGAAUGGAAACAGCAAGGCAAAGAGGUUUUUAUCUCUGCAUUUCUUUCCUCCAGGUGCUUAGAUCGGCUUUCUGCCUUCCUGUUGUCCCUGCUGAGUGCAACAGAGGAAAGGAGCAGGCCCAAAUAGGUUACAGGCUUUCUGGCGUGUUUGUGGAGAGUCCUUUUCUCAGAGCCUGGCAUGAAAGCUGGGCAAUUCUGCUUGCUGGGGAAUGAAUUUCGGCACCGUUUUGUCCUUGUACACACGGUUAAAUGGCUGGGGUACAGCAUAGCAGGGAAAGCUGGGAAGCAAAAGGGCUGUUUUAAAUGGCAGGUGGUAGCACAAACAGGUAUUUCCCUUUCAGGAACAUUUCCAAACACACUGCUGGGAUCUGUGAAAGAUUCCUGUAAUCUCCAGAUGAAAGGACAGAUGCCCUUUCUCCAAAGAGCUGCUCGGCUUUGACGCUGCUGUUGUGACUAAGCCUGUGGCUGGUGGGCUGGAAGAGCCAAGGCUGACUAUCACUGUGCCGCUACCAUUCUGAAAACUGGCCACCCUGUCCCAAAGCAUCUCCUACACAGCACACACGAGUUUAAAGGGAAGGCGUCAGAAAGACCUUUCACCUCUGCAAAGGAGCAUCUAGAAUGAAUGAGCACUUUAAUUUCUGGAGAAGCAGACAGCAGGAGCCCGUACAGCUGUUUUCCAGCCUGGUCCUUCUUACCAUCAUUUAACCACUCUGUGAAGCAGCAGAACACCCUGCUUUCUUCUCCUGCACAAAAUGCCUUUGACCUGGAAGUUCAUCCUAAGGGUGACAGGAGCUAGCUGUUGCCAGUGCCUAUAACUUGAGUCGUGUGAAGCUCUUGGCUCAUACAGCUACACGAACCUAGGAACCAUGUGGCUCUAAACAAAGACACCCAACUAUUAGAAAGCAAGUGCAGCAUGAAGAAGUCCUCCCCACCGGGCAAAUGGUUUGGUUUGAACUCAACAUGAAGAUGAGAGAUGCUUCUGUGAGAAGAAAUAAGAUCCUUCAAGAGAAAUCUACACUACUCUGAUAUCUUGUUUUUCCACCAUUCAAACUUUCAGCUGUUGUUAAUGGACACUUUGAGUUAAAAAGCCAGUCCUAUCUGGAGAUGUCCUGGUGACAGUCAAAACAAAAUGUGGUUCCUGUGCCCAGGGAAGGAGAGGAAACUGGUACAGCAGCUUCACUUCCCUGGCGAAAAGCAAAGCAGAGAAACUGGAAGCCUGCUUUGCAUUCUGGCUGAUGCAGGUGGUCUGAAUUGACCUGGUGCCUUUUGCCCAGCUGAAGAUCAGAUAUUACAUGGGUUGAGCCCUUGAGUGGCUGCAUAGGAACUUUUUUAAGACUGGGCUUCAUUGCUGGAGCAGUUAAGUGCCACUUCUGCGACAAAUUUCUUGUCUCAUAAGGAAACUGAGAGCAGACAAGAAGGUGUCUGGGAUAGGGCAUCUCCUGGGCUGUAGAGCAAUGAAUGACAGAAAAGUCCCGUUACGCCUGUGACGACAAUGCACUGGAAAGAAAAUAGCUUCUUGGAGUCGACAAAAGAAACCAGAUUUUCUCUAAGAAGAGAGAGAUAGCUUAAGGGGACAUUCACCACAUGAAAUCUGAUCAAUGUUAAAACCUGUGUUAAAAUUAGUCUCAGGAACUAUUCCUGCCCCUGCGGCUUGCUGUCAGAUGUUGUGGUUUUACAGCCUCAUUUCCCUAGUUUAUUAAAACGUUUAGCUGUUUAGGGAGAAUGAGAAACAAUCUCACAUGAAACUUUUCAGGGGUCUGUCUGUUUUAAUUCUCCUUCAUGAUUUUCUGUUGUAACAAUUGAGGUUUUGGAAAGGUUCCACUGGGUCUUUCUCUUCUUCUUCUUCUUUUUUUUUUAAUCUCUCUCUUUCUCUAUCUCAUGCUCCCUUUUCUUAUUGCAGGGAAAAAAACCCCACCCUCUCCCAAGAAUGAAAAAGUGAUGGAGACGUGGUCUUUAUAUUUUACUGGGAAAAGCGGGUCAAAGUCAAAGGUGUUGGCAUGACCCUGCUGUUUUACAGCAUUAAGUGUAGUACAAGGUUUCAAGUACAGAGACCUCUGUCUGCCCAUGGCACCAUAGCAACCAGCACUAUUAAUGAUGUUUAAGCUGUAUAGUGAAGACUUAGAAAAAAGAGGAGGGGAAAAAAAGCAGUUACAGUAUUUGAAAUGUAAAGUAUUAAGUGAGGCUUUCAUGUUAACAAUACCCUUUCUUCGUUUCCCCCUUAGCUGUGAAGAAUUUUUAUAAGGAAACCCCUAUUUGACAGUGCAAAAAAAAAUGCUAAUGACUAUCCUUUCUUUAGGGGAAAAGAGAAAUUAGUUAAAAUAGGUGGGAAACUGCAGUUUGUGCUAAAGGUUUGAAGGGGAGAGAGAAGAAUAGAAGAAUAGUGCUAGACAAUGCUUCUGUUUCUGGUGCCAACUCCUUUUAAAAGCACUGCUGCUGAAGAAAAACAGAUUUCUAAGCCACUGUGGGAUUUACCCUACUCAUACCUGGAUUGCAGGCUCCAGCUCUCUCCCCAGGCCUCUUCCUGAAGAUACAGCCUUUAAAAGAUGAGCAGUUUAUUAGACAGAAGCCAAAAGGUGAGAAAUAGGAACAGGAAGGAAACCACCAUGUGGGGCCUUGGAGAAGAGCAUGGCAAUAUCAGCUGUGCAUUGAAAGUGCUGUUUGGGAGCUUUUAUGGGAAAUGGGUGUUUCCUGGACCUCCAGCUCUGGGUGUUUUUGUGAUCAGGACAAUUGCAGCUCACCAGUGCCACAGAGGAUGCCAGCCUGUGAGUCAGAGUUCAUCUUGGAAGAAGUGGGAUCGGGUUGGUUGGCUCCAAACUUCUUUUCUUUUUUAAUAUUUCUAAAUAACGCUCUAGAUAAGUUGAUGUCUUUCCGUCUGACAGUUCUACACAAUUCCUGACAGCAGAUUUGGCCUCUUGAUACUGUCUCUGCCCUUGCUUACAAGGCAGGCUCUUCAGACAGUCCAGGGAUGGGAUCAGCAGCUCUUUUCAUUCAUUUAAUUUCUCUUGUCUUUAACUCCUGAAGAACCCUACAAGACAUCUGGCUUGCCCUUUUGCACUGCAGGUAACCAGGGCUCUACACAGCUGAGUGUGCUUGUGGGGCAAAUGCGAAAGUGAAGGAGGGUGGGUGACUGCUCCAUUCUGUAGCAGCGAGGGCACGGAGAGGAGCAGACCAUCCUUAUGUUCUUCCUCGAGGCACCUGCUAGCAGCUGGUGGAAGAGGUGGGGUCUUAUACUAACUGGGACUUUCUUCUGUCCCAAAUACUGCUCAGUUUAUGGCUCCACUGAAAAGGAUGUGAGUGUUACCAUGGACCAUAAGGAAGACCAGAAAAAAAGAGCAGCAUCACAAAUGUAUAAAUAACUCUCUCAGUUCUCACCAGCUGAUGCAGGAAUCUUUCCUCUAAACUUUCUGCCCAAUUACCUGGGAGGUUAAAUGAGUGCAAGACUGAGCUACUGUUUCUCAGCUGGUGUUACUUCUUUAAGAUUGUUCCUUGAUCGCCUGAGAUUUUUGUUGCUCCCUCUUUGAUCCAGUUUGGACUCCAAGAAAGCUGGGAACUCAUCCCUCUCCCAGUUUGAGCUGUAUGUGAUUAAUUACAGAUCCCGAGAAUGGGCUGCUUGCCUAUCUUUCAUGUUUAAAUUGCUUUCCAAGCAAUUUUGCAAGGCUAAGGAGCCUCUUUAGAUGUUACAUCUGACUGUGCCUUGGUCAAGCCUCCCUUGGUUUUGCUGGGAGCUGCAUCUGAUUCACAGUGAACUUUGGGAACACAUUAAACUGAGUGCUUUAUAUAUGGA